CUUUAGUAUAGUUUUGCUGUGAUAAGAGUAAACACUGUGGUAGUCUGCUGGAAUACUAUUUUAAAGCAUGGAAUUAUAAGUAAUUAAGAUAAAGUGAUAGAGCUAAGUCGUGCAAAAAAAAAAAAGCACCAGAAUUUCUCACGAGGAGCUCCCCCGGAGUAGCACAAUAGUCAGGAACGUCGUGUACACACCAAAAAAGGCGGAAAAUCAUGGAAUAAGAGUGAAGAAGCUCCAAAUCGCGCAGUGAUCCUCAAUCUCGCCAGUCAGAAGCAAUGCCAUCGCCGGGCGUCCUGGGUGAGAGCCAUCACAAUUCAGCUGAGGAAAUUCAGGUGGGCCUCGCGCCCUACAUUCAGCACUACUUGGCACAGACGGGUCGACGGCAUUCCUGCUGCAGUGUCACGCUGCCCGUGGCCUUCGAGAGGGCAGCCCCCAAGGCAUGGUGGGACCCCAAAUUUGAUUCAGCCAUCCUCGAGGGGCAGUACCAGUCCAGUGUCUUUCCGCAGCUGAGGCUCAGAUUUCGAUUCGCCCUCCUCUACAUCCUUCUGUGCUCAGCGGUCUGGAUGAUUUACUUCUUGACUGUCGCAAAGCUCAAUUCGCUUGUCUCCAUAGGUAAGAAGGGUAUUCUUGGUGCGGAUAUAUAUCCUUGUGCAAAAUGGCUCAAAAUGUUCUUCGUUACAGCUUUUGGGGUUUGCAUCCUCUUGUGCUUAGUCACGGUGUGGCUCACCUACUCCAAGAUCUAUGAGAGUCGAACGCAGCUGGUUACUGUCUGUGUUGCCUGCAGCAUCUGCCUGCUUUCCCUGCUAUUUGUCACCCUCUCCGGAAGGACAUUCUCCGCUCUUGGGCACUUUGCAACAUGCAUCGAAGUCAUCCUGCUGAUUUACACCCUCAUGCCGCUACCACUGUGGCAAUGCGUCUCCAUCUCAGUCCUCUACUCCAUCCUCUUCGAGACACUUCACUUCACCUUCCAGAACUUCUACUACAGCAGCUCCCAGGAGGAUUCCAAUCUCUCCUGUCGCGUCAUCAUUGUGCGCUGCCUCCUCCAUCUGUGCGUUCACAUGGUUGGGCUGCACGUGCUCGUGAUGAAUGUCGUCCGGAUGCGAUGCACCUUCAUGAAAGUUGGACAAAACCUCCUCAUUCGUCGGCAAUUGGAGAUGGAGAAGCAGUUGAAGGAGAAAAUGAUUCACUCAGUGAUGCCACCCAAAGUGGCUGACAUGCUCAUGAAGGAGGGCUCCACAAUGGACACGGGGCCAGAUCAGAAGCGCUCCUACUCCCUCCAUCCACGCCUUUCGAAUGAUGUUAAAUCCCUCUUUAGGCCCUUCCACAUGCACUCAAUGGACAACGUGAGCAUCCUGUUUGCCGACAUUGUUGGCUUCACCAAAAUGUCCACCACGAAGACAGCUGAACAGCUCGUGGAGAUUCUCAAUGAUCUCUUUGAGCGCUUCGAUGAACUCUGUACCCUCAAUGGGUGCGAGAAGAUCUCAACACUCGGAGAUUGCUACUACUGCGUGUCCGGGUGUCCUGAGCCAAGAGCUGAUCAUGCCAUGUGCUGCGUGGAGAUGGGCCUCGGGAUGAUUCAGGCUGUGCGGAUUUUCGAUGCACAAAAGAAUGAGGGGGUCAAGAUGAGGGUUGGUGUUCACACGGGGUCCGUUCUCUGUGGCAUCGUCGGCACGCGGAGGGUUAAAUUCGAUGUCUGGAGCAAUGAUGUUACCCUCGCAAACAGGAUGGAGUCAACGGGGACGCCGGAGCAAGUGCACGUAUCGGAGGAGACGCGGAAAUUCCUUGGCGAUGGGUACAUUCUCAAGGAGGGCGAUGAGGUGUUCGGUCAUCGCACGUACUUUGUAUUGGGCAAAAAAUGCACCUCAAUGGACAUGAGCAGGAGUGAGGUGGAUGUGUCGAAGGAGGGUGCGUGUCAGCUGCUAAUCCCCCACUUCGAUGGCUUCACGAAUGGGGUUCAGCUGUCGCGCAGUGUGACAAAUUUGUCCUCAAUUCAACCCACUGUGCCCCCAGCUUCGCCCAUCGGAGUCACAUCCACCUCCCUCACACCCAGCCCCAUUCUGUCGACACGCCCACGGUUGGCAUCCCUCAGUCGGGUCACAAAGUACCUCACGGGGGCCAAUCACGCGCCCAUUGAGGUGUCCAAUAGGCUGGGUAGUCAACAACCGGCACCCACCAUCAUUGUCACCACCAAAUCCCUGCCCGGUAGCUUGGAUUCCGAUGCCGAAGACACCUGCUGCCGUGGUUCCCACCGGAAGACUGAGGAGGAUAAACAUGCAGCCAUGCGGAAGUAUUCAGCAAAGUUGCGUGGUUGGCGUGUACCGCGAUUCCUGAGGAAGACUGACGACCCCGCAGCGGAUGCACGCAAUACGAAGGAUGACUGUGAUAGCGCCAAGAAGCAAGAGCCACUGCUCUGCCCAGAGCAGAAUGGGUACCAACAGGUGCCUGUUGUGGUGGAGACCCCAGCAGCUCCGGCCACGCAUACCCUGGACAUCCCACGGGUUACCACAUCCGGCUCCAAUUGCUCACCAAGCCAGUGCUCCAUGUUUGAUGACAUCAUCGAUGUGCGCUCCUACAUUUCCCACUCACGCAGCGACAUCUCACCUUUCGGCAGGUCCGGAAGCUACCGUUCCCAGUGCGGGAGAUCACCACAGGGGGUAGGUGGAGAAGUUACUCCUGGCGCUUGUGGGCGUUCAAGGAGCUCAACGGGAUGCGCCCCAAUUGCAAUUAGUCUGCAACAGAGAAAUUGCUCAAGUCCGUGGAUUGAGGUGCUCAGCAUGUGCCCAUCAGCCCACAGUCGAAAGGAUUCAGGCAUUCGGAGUAAUUCUCGUCGUUCCAGCAUUCAUCACGUGAAUGGUGUCCAACCCGGUCUGGGUGCGUCCACACAGCGUGUUUCGGGGUACUUCACCAGCUCCCAGUCGAGCCUCGCUGGAACACCAAACAUUGCCAAUGAACCCCCCUAUGUUGAUCCCCUGGCUGCGUGUCUGCAGCAGCUCCGGAAGCAGUCGGAUUUGCAGCUAAUACGCUGCGUGAAAGAAAAUGCCAAAUCCCAGAGAAGCUAUCUCGUCAAGCCACCUGUGUCGAAGGUGACGCUCUUCUUCAGAUCCUGGCAAAUGGAGCGGGAAUUCCGAAGCAAGGCUCAUCGGUUUGGCCAGGAGAAUACAGAAGGCCCCCCAACGCUGGCCACACCACGCUACAACACCUACAUUGAUCUUCUCGUGAGUGUCUUCAUCUUCCUCACUGUCUCCCUGUCGCUCUUCCUCCUUGUCCCGAUUACAUUGAGUGUCGGCUACCAGGCAUGGCUCGUCCUCUUUGCUGUCUUCAGCUUCAUCCAAUUCCUCGCAGUAUUUGUGUGCUCCAAGCAGAUGAUAAGACUCUCGCACGGGCACACCAAGUCCAAUGGGCUAUUUGAUCGUUUCUUCGAUGCUGUAUCCAAUUGGUACCCCUGGCAUAUUUGUGGCUCAAUUCUCAUGUCCCUGCCUGUGAUCUCAAUCUUCGUCAACCUCACCACACUCGAUACGGAUGCUCUUGCCCCGUAUGAGUUCCACUAUGGCCUCUUGCUCUUCAUCUGUGUCAUUCACUACUGCAACUUCACGCAACUCAACUGCUGGCUUCGGAAUCUCCUCGCCCUCGUGGCUGCGGUCGCCUUCAUCGGGAUCACGUGCUACCAGUGGCAUGCCUUUGUCACGCUUCAGGGAAAGAAUCAGGAUGCAAUAAUUCUCUUCCCGGAUGCACUGAACGUCACAAAGCCCCAUCUUGCUGAGUUUUUGCACGAUGAAAUUCGCUUCCUGAAAUUCUAUCAAAUUGAGAUCUACAUCGAUCUCAUUCUCCUGCUCUUCCUCGUGUGCUUCCUCAAUCGUGAGUAUGAGAUUGGGUACAGGCUCACCUUCUAUGGGAGUGCUGUGGCGAAUCAGGAUAAAAUCCGUGUGCAGCAUAUGAAGAAUCAAGCUGAUAUGUUGCUGCACAACAUCAUCCCGAAGCAUGUGGCGGAACAGCUGAAGAAUACGGCAAAAUAUUCGGAGAACUAUCACGAUGUCGGGAUCAUCUUUGCCAGCAUUAUAAACUUCAAUGAGAUGUACGAUGAAUCCUACCUGGGCGGGAAGGAAUACCUUCGUGUGCUCAAUGAGCUGAUUGGGGACUUUGAUGAGCUCCUGUCACGUCCGGAAUUUCAAUGUGUGGAGAAGAUCAAGUCCAUCGGGAGUACCUUCAUGGCGGCCAGUGGGCUGGACCCAUCAACACGCGGUGAGAACAAUCAGCACCUUCGUGCCCUUAUUGAAUUCUCCUGUGCCAUGCAGCAUGUCGUGGAUGCCUUCAACAAGGAUCUCCUGGAGUUUAACCUCAUCCUCAGGAUUGGGUUCAACAUUGGCGACGUCACGGCGGGUGUUAUUGGCACCAGUAAGCUCUACUACGACAUCUGGGGCGAUGCUGUGAACGUGGCCAGUCGAAUGGAUUCAACAGGAGUCGCUGGAAGGAUUCAAGUUGGCAAGGAUUGCCUUCCCUACCUCGAGGAUGCGUAUGAUUUUGAGCCAAGGGGUAGUGUCUACGUCAAGGGGAAGGAUAACAUGGAGGUGUACCUCCUGAAAGGGAAGAAAACCUUCCCCCACGGAGAAUCCUGAAGGAUUCUCAGUGCAUCGAAUGAUGAAAAGUUAAAUAUGAAACGUGCAUCACAAAUCAUCUUCUAAAUCACAGAAAAUUUUAUUAAUUCCGUAGCCUUGUGUUGCGAUUAAGCGCGAGAGAGAUGUGAGGCAAAAUUGUAAAAACUCCGCAGAUAUUGUUGUCAAUUUGUUUGAAUGUUCUUCAUUAGUAUUAAUUGUUUCCCAUGAAAAUUGUGAGAUUUAAAAAAAAAGAGAAGGAAAGAAGAAAAAACAAGAGAUAUUGUAAUUGUAUAUUUUAUUUUGUACAUAACACAGUGUAGCAUUUUUUUUGUAAAGAGUUUUAUUGUAGCAUGUAAGCCAUUUGUUGAGGAGAAAAG